UGCGGCCAACACACCGAUGGACGACAGUGAAAGUGACUCCACUCCAUAGCUCCGUAACCACGUUAUGUCACGAAGCCUUCCAACGACCAGUCGCUCUCCGGCUAUGUCGACGCGCGCGCACCUUUGACACGCCGACAAAGAAAGUUCCGUUAAAAACCAAAAAAAAAAAGUUACUCUAAUAGUUCAAAACAUUUCCAAAAAAGCAUGUGCUUGUGUUUGGCAAAGAAAACAAAAUGUCUCCCAUUGUGCUCAUAAACAUUAUCCUACUCAGUGCUUCUCAUUCAGUUAUUGGAUCAGAUCCUGAAAAAGAAAAUGCGCGCGAGGAAAAACUACGAAGCGGUCUCAUAGACGCUUUUCAGAACAUCAAAAAGGCAUCCUCUAAAGGAGGUGACGAUGACUUGAGUCCCGAUUUAAUCGGAUCCAUGAUUCCUAUACCGAAACCGAAUAAAAACGAAAAGUUUACAACCGACGACAGCUUCGAUCUAUUCGCCGACGACGAUGGUUUGACUUUUGCUGAGGCUUUCGGAAAUGUUGAGACUGAAAAACGAGUCUCAACUACAGAGACGAGUCACAACGUUCAGCACAUAGUCAAAACUACGAAACAGGUGGAGAAAACGACAGCAAAACCGAGCAAUAUAAUAGGCAAACUAGCCGAUUCUAUACGAAAUACUGUGAACGAGAGUCGAAUGCAAAUUACGACGGUUUCUAAUGAUACGCAGUUUUUGGGGCUCGAGAGUAUGCUUCGAGUUAUGGAUGCUGAAAUAUUAGUGCAACAGUGGGGUGAGUUGCAGAAAUCUGUGAGCGGGCAAUGCAAGGAAGAUCUGAUGGAGUAUGUGGAAGGAUUGCAGGAUAAAUUGCUGUGGGCUUUGAAAAUGGAGGACGCGAGUGGACGCUACACGUCGAUGUUCUACUGGGGCAACAACUACUGGACGGGCUCGGCGGAACUCUGCUCUAUCCUCAACGACCUCCAUGCGCCCUCCCGGAAUCAAAACCGUAGUAGCGGCUCUCAGAUCUUCACCGAUUGGCGACAGGACGUGUCCGUGUCCGGUCUGGGACCACCGUUCGAGACAGCCUUCUACAACGUGCGCAUGACCAUCUCCUCCGACCUGCCGGACAUCGUCAGGACUCGCCGCACUCUCCACCUUGGUCUCUGUCUACCACGCACGUGCUCGCGCGAGCAAGUGGCCCAGCUGGUGAACUCGGUACAUGCUCCCUUACUCCGACACAAGGUGGUGACCGUGCGCUCACCGGAGCACGGAGGAUACACUUAUCUCAGUGAUCCCACGUUCCAUAUACUUUUAGCAAUAUCAUGCAUAGUGGGCCUCCUGCUCAUAUCCGCGACGAUCUACGACAUGCGGAUCGCUCGCGAGGUGCGCACGCGCAGGCGCCGCGUCGACAACAUGACCGUCGCUGAAAACGGCGCCUCCGAUCUGAAGCUCGACCUGAAUAGUCUUGACGCCAUUACUGUUUCCAAAGGCAAAUCGAUGUACACCGUGAACAAUAACAACUCAGAAGAGAGGCUGACUGCUGAAACCGCUUCUACUGACGGAGAACUCAAAUUAAGCGUCUGGUCCGAGCUGCUGCUCUCGUUCUCGAUGAAGGCGAACAUCCUGCAGAUCUUCGACCAGUCUGUGGGGUCGGACACUGUGCCAGAGGUGCACGGCUUGAGGUGCUUGUCCAUGGUCUGGAUCAUAUUCGGACACACGUGUAUUGUGGUUUUCAAGUAUGCUGACAAUACUGCCCUUAGAGCAAUUCUGGAGAAGAGCUUCUGGUUCCAGUUGAUCCUUAGUGCUGUCUACAGCGUUGACACUUUCUUCUGUUUAGGUGGUAUGCUGGUAACAUUCCUGUACUUCCGCACGAGCGCGAAGGGCAAGCUGGAGCGCCUCACGAAGGGCCACCGCAAGUUCACCGCCGGCGUGCUGCAGUUCCUCGGCCUCAUGGGAUACCGCUUCGCCAGAUUGACGGCACCCUACCUGUUCAUGCUGGGCGUGGUGGAGGUGACCAUGAAAUGGUUCGCCAACAAUGCGGUGUUUGAGCCCCCCGCCAUGGACAACGAGACCUGCCCCAAGUACUGGUGGAGGAACCUGUUAUAUAUCAACACCCUGUUCCCUGUUGAGCAAAUGUGUAUGCUGUGGAGUUGGUACUUAUCAGAUGACACGCAGUUCUAUGCUGUCAGCGCUAUCCUACUUAUUCUAGCUACCAGCCAUUUCAAACUAUCAGCAAUACUGACGGGUCUGUUCUUCCUGUCUUCCCUCUUGACGACGGGCUUCGUGUCGUACAGCAGUGAGCACAUCCCCAACAGCGAAGACCCGUUCACGCAGUUCGACAAGAUCUACGACAAGCCGUGGACCAGGCUGGGGCCUUAUUUAGUGGGCAUGCUGACGGGGUGGAUACUGUUCAAGACCAAUCUGAAGAUCAAGAUGGGGGUGAUAUGGGCGUGGGUGGGCUGGGCGGUGUGCACUGCAACGUUCUUGUUCCUGAUAUUCGGCUUAUACACGACAGAGCUGGAUGUGGUGUCAGCCGCGGUGUUCAGUGCGCUCUCACAUUCUUUGUGGGCGGCCUGCGUCGGCUGGGUCAUCAUCGCCUGUUCUACUGGGCAUGGAGGUUGGGUACGACCGCUGCUAUCCUCGCCAUUGUUCUACCCGUUCUCUCGAGUAACCUACUGCGCUUACCUGGUCCAUCCAGUAGUUCUGCGGUACGUCGCGAUGCAUCUCACGCAUCCCAUACAUCUCGGAGAGCUACUUGUUUUCGUUCUUUUCCUGGGCCUGACGGUGAUAUCCUAUUUCUUGGCGCUGGUCAUAUCGGUCGCGUUCGAGGCUCCCAUCGUCACCAUGCUGAAGAUCGUCGCGCCACAGAAGAAACCCCACCGAGUGUGAUCCAACAUUUGCGCAAAUAUUUGCUCAAAGAUUUGUACAAAUACUUUACGAAUGUCAGCAACUUUUUGUCACGGCGAUAAAAAAAUCUCGUUUCAUUUUGUACGAUUUGUUAUGACCUUGAUUUUCAUACAAAAUAAUAGUCAGUGCUCCUUCUCCUGCGGGUAGUAAUAAAACCUGCAAGGUUAAUACACAGCUCCCGACAGCAACUGCAUGGCAGGAUGCGACACUGAGCGCGCGUGUACGUGUAACUUAUCCUUUGUUAUAGAUACGAGGGAUAAAUGUGUUAAAUGUGAACAUCUUCAUACACUUCUUUGUAAGGGCCAAAACAAAAUUGCGAUGCGAUGCUCUGCGAGCUCGCACGACGCUUCGUAAAACUUAUGAAUUGAUUUGCACCGCGCAUACUUCCGAUGUUACUUCCUUACUUAAUAAUAACAGAAGAACGCUGUUUGCGAUCCACGACACGGAACAAAUCCCCAAAAAACCUUGAAAACCUACUGUUCAGGAUGCCUGAAUUACGUAAUGGUUUGGUUGAUUAUUCGAACCAUGGCCGCAACCGUAAACGACACGAUAUCGCAUCGCAUCGUGUCGCAAAGCAGUUGUGUUUCAAUGAUAAAACAAUUUCUAGGCGUGUUGGACACGUUGCAAUCGCGCUUAUGUUUUGUUUUAGCUUUUACUCUGGAGGGUUGAAAUGCAUUUUCAGCAGCUUUCGUUGUUAUUUGUGUAUUCAUAAUAACUUGCGGUCACAAACACUUAGAUAUUUGUUUUUAUCUAAGGUUUUUUCCUGUGAUAAAAUUGGUGUGAAGUUAAGUGCAAAUGGGUGAAACGCCGCGCCGUACAAAAUAAAAUGAACAUUCUCAGUUAGUAACUUAAGCAUCGUUCAUACCUGCGCGACCAUACCGACUACGAAGCGGGAACGUCUGCCAUGCGGCGAUUGGCUCUUAGCUCUUAGGAUAUUUAAUAGCGCCAUGCACACCUACGCGACUAUAAAGCGGAAUUUACAUUAUGAAAUUAGUUUCACGACGUUAAUUUCACUAUCAAUUGCACGUGUAAACGUUUCAUUACGAAAUUAGAUGCAUGCAAUACGAAAUUAGACGUUUAACAGUUGCGUUGGCGUAUGCGUUUUAUAUUCGUGUCGUGGACGCUCCCGCAUCCCGCGUUCGUGACGCGCAGAUGUGGCCGUAGCUUUAUAGCCAGAUAAGAGUAGUUUAGAGAACCACUGAAAUUAAACAAAGUUAUGGAAUAAAUUAACUAUAAGAUAUUAAUACUUUAUAAUUAUGCAACAUUGUUCAUCUUACUAUGUUAGAGCAGCCAUAAUAUUAUGUGGGCGGGAGGGCAGUUUAGUUUUAGAUGGUUUUAAAUUUUACAUCUUACCAUACUACAAUCUUCUUUUCAUUGUCAUACACAAUUACUCAAACUUCCCGUAUGCCCUCUUGCCUACUCAUAUCAUUUAUUUUUAAAUUUUUAAUCACCAGUUAAUUAAAGCUGACCGUGCUGAAAUCGGCUUCAUUCAUUAUCUUGUGAGGGCUCCAAGUCAAAAAACAUUAUGAGCCUCGAUUAGUGAUGGAUCUUACAAUCAUAGGUUAACUACGAUUUUUAUCGGAAUUUGUUGCGAAAAAUCGACUCCAUUUUCUUGUGGGGGCCCUGACAAAAUCUAUCGGGGGCCUCACAAAAUGUUAUCACACCAGUGCAGCACUGAUCACUAAUAUUUUGUUUAAUAAUAGAAAAUGAUUGGUAAAAAAGCAAAAAAUUGUUCAAUAUCUAAUUGGUCAUAUUCUGGGCAUGCACAUGUAUUUAACUAUACUUUAGUUUUCCUUAGUUUACCUUUUAAGCAAACUAAGAAAAACUAAAGUAUACCAGCGUGUUAAGAUCGUUACGUUUACAAAAAAUGUAUAAAUAAAAUAAAAUUUACCGAAAUACCGUUGAAUUUUAUAAAUUCUAGAUUUAAUUAAGUUAUUUUGUUUUUUUUUUUUUUUUAAUUAGCUAAGGGGGCCUCCCUGUAUUACCAUAAAAAUAUACAAGUACUUCAAUACAAUUUUAGUUUAAGCAGUCCAAAAAUGUACAUUCAGUUGUUGUAUUAACUUGUAUAAGUACGUAUAUUAUGUAAAUAAGUUGUAAAUAUUCUUUAGUUAUUAAGUUUGUACUGAAAUAUUUUUAUUAAAAAAUAGAAUUUAAUGUU